AUGAUUCAGCAGCCGCCCGACAACAACAACAACAACAUCAACAACAGCAUCGACCGGCGGUGGGCGGCGGGCGCGCGCUGCGGCGCGAAUAAUGCAUGGCCCGCGCGGCGACGACCCAGGCUGAGCCGCCACGCGCCCCACACGUCCGGCGCCUGGCGGGCCGCCACCCGCAGUGCAGCCAGCACGGCGCCUGCUGGGCGUCUCGCUGCACGCUACCGGGCCACUGUGCGCAGCCCGUCACCGCUCAUGCUGAGCCCAUGGCUGCGUUGGCCAAAUCGAGAAUGCUCGUCCAGUACAACUGGGGCGUACUGCACAGAGGCCGGCCGCCGUGCUGGGCUGCGCGGCUGGCAGCGGCUGCCGACGGGCCGGGGCAGGGCGGGGCGGGAGGCGCCAUCGAUCGUCGGCGUGGCGGGCGGUGGGGGCGGCGGGGGCGGCAGAGGCGCGGCUGCGGGCUGCGGGCCGCCGCGGCCGCUUUCAGCCGGCAACACGUGCGACGCCCCGCCGCCAGAUUACGGCUCGCGGCCGGGCGCGGCCGCCUGCCAGGUGGCCCACGGCUCGCGCUGUCUCGCGCCGCCUGCCCGCUGCCCCGAACUGCGCGACGGCAGCAGCCAGCAGCACACUGCCGUAUACACCUACCUGCAGCACGGCGGCUGCGGUGGGCCGCGCGCCGUCAUAAGUCGCGACCGGCAGCGCAGUUUACGAGCUGACCCGCGGCUGACGCUUCGAUUUGAGGGCGAGCGGGUCGCGGUGUCAGAUAGGCCCGCGCCCUAA